AUGACCUCUAUUAACCAUCCUAAUAACUUGUGCUAUGUCACCCUUCACUUCCCCUCUUCCACCUCUUGCCACUGCCCUGACCAUGUGCCGCUCAGGGAGCUUGGCAAGAAAUUUGAUGAAAAUAAAAAGUGCGAAAUCACCUCAAAUAACAACCCUACUAUCAUCCUUAAUAACCUCUGCUCUGGCCUCGAGACUUUCCUCGGCUUCAACUCUACUUCCAAAGGAUACGACGGCUCUGGGAUUGUGUACUCCGACUUGGAUAGGCUGUGUGACGGGGUGAUGGGAUUUUUGUAUCAGGUGCUUAAGGAUGUCAGCGAGAAACAGCCUUACAGUGUGGGUAAAGAGGAACUAAAAAAACUUGUUACUGACCUUAAAACUAAAUUAUCCACCGGGCGUGAGGGUUUUAAGGUCAUUGCGCAGGUGGCGAGGAAGGUGCGGGAGUAUAAUGAGAGAGUGAAAGAGUCUAACAACCAUGUGAAAACCAUAAUAAACAAUAUGGACAGAGACAUGAAAACGCUCCAAAAUGAGGUAGGUAAAAUUUUACAACAUAAUCCUGAUUCAGAUGAUCUUAAUGAAGUCAAGCAGGCUGAAACCUUGGUCACUAAGCUGGCCGACGAGUAUGCAAAAAAAGGUAUGAAUUUCGAUAGUAAUUUUGUCAUAAGAGAAAUGAAUGCAUGGAGGACAGGUGCUAAAGUUGAGCCAAUACAGCAAUUCAAAGACAUAAAUUCUGACCUGAGAUUAAAAAUCACCCAUGCGAGAAACAAUAUCACGCAUGAGGCUGAGAGGCUUACGACACUGUCGAAGAAGCAAAAAGAGAACUUGGCUGCGAUGACUAGUAUGAUUAGUAAUAAGCUUAAAACGCUUAAAAGCUGUGUCAAUGAGCGCAUUUUGAAAGAUGUCAAUGAGCUGGUUAAGGAAUUAAACGAUAAGGUGGGAAUAAUAUUAGAACAGCUUGUGAUGAUUAGACAAAAAUUACAAGGUUAUGUUGAGAAAUUGCGGAGAUGGAUUCGAGAUGCAGAUGAAAUUGUCACUGAUUGCAUGAAAACUGCCGAAAAUAUUGAAAAAAAGCAUGUUGCAUGGGCGGCUGAAGAUGAAAUUAAAAAAAGUCUAAAGGAGAUUAAUAAAUCUUUCGGGGAGGCAAAAGAUUUCGUCAAGCAAGAACUUAACAACGCCCUUGGGAAAGUGAGAGAUAUGGACGAAGCGAUCAAAAAGGAUUUGUUUGCCGUGAAAGGUAAGAUAAAGGAGGCGGUUAAGGCAUUAGGUAAGACGUUGGAAGAGAAUGUGAAAGACGGAUUGUGGGCGAUUGAGCAGAAGAUUACGAAGCCGCUUGAUGAGGUUGUUCGCAAUUCGGGGCAGUUCUUCGAGGAUUUUAAGAAAACUAGGAAUGCGCUUCAGGCGGCUAUUGGGAUUGUCAUGGAAGAUAUUUUAAACCUGGGGGGUCUUAAGGUUAAUGAAAGUAUUAAAAACGCGUACGGUGAUACGACCAUCAAAGCGCCACUUCUGCAGGUGAUUGGUCAAGGUAUGGCGUUCAGUAAGCUUAAAACGUAUUUCAACCAGCUCGAUACCGAUGUUAUGCAGAAAAUUAAAGAGGCGAUGCGGCAGAUAUCCGAGGGCAUGGAAAGUAUUGCUGGUAAUGCCUUCAGAGUUGACUUAGAAAGCUGCAUUAAUAAAGCAAGAUCUCAACUGGUUGCGCUGCAUUCAAUUGCCGAAAACCCGGAAAAAGUUUUCCAAUCUGCUACCCUUCAAAAAAAUUUGCGAAGAUAUCUGGGAGAUAAAAUGACUAUUGCUCCUCUUAACGGUAAAUUUAGCGGAUUAUCAACAGCGAUAAAAGCAGUGACUACGGAUCUCGCUGGUGCGUCAAGCAUCGACGCAUCUAAACUAAAAAAUGAUCUUAAAUCUCUGCUAUCUGAGCUCGGCAACAUCGCCCAGAUAGUCUCGUCGCACUCUGCGGAUAUAGUUAAAACCGUCAUUGAAGCAAUAGUGCGACAACUCACUACAGAGAUUGGAAACGUGAGUGAUGCGAUUAAAGACAAAGUGGAUAAAAUAAGAGAUGCUAUAACUUAUAAUAGGGAUAACAAUGAAGUUGAUUACGGCGCGCAAGAAAAAGCUAAAGGUCUUCUGAAAUUACAGAAUGUGUACGGAACAGAUAUCAAUGAGAGACUUAAAACGCUUCAAGGUACUGUAACUAACGAAGCCUUUAAGCACACAUAUUCACAACCUCGAAGUAAAGAAAAUUACGAGUUUGGUGGUACGUUCAUGGAGGAAUUCAAAACAACCUACGAGAAAAACCUCAAAGACGGCGAUUUCAAAGCGGACGGUGGAGAAAGCGUGCUCGACCAAGAGAUCGGUCCGAAUAAUCUUCCAAAUGGGGGAUCUUCAGGGGAUAAAAUAUCUAGUGUUGCUAAAAGUAACUUCACGCAUUAUGAACAGCAUGUUAAACAAGAGAGUCUUGCUCAUAGUAAUCCACAAAAACUAGAGGGCGCUCUUCCAACUGCAAUCAAGGAUAUUAGAGACUACGGCCUCCAACUGUUCGAACAAAAAUUAGGUGCUAAGGAGGAUAGAAAUACGACUAAAUUUGACGGUUUCCUCGAUGACAUAACAAAAAGCAUCAGUGGCCUCAUGCAGGCGCUUGAGCGAACGGGCAAAUCCCUGAACGUGGCGUUGGGGAAGCUAAAGAAUGAGAAGAUCGGUAUGACGACAAGUGGCGCAGCAGCUAGAUCCGAUACACUGCAGGAACUUGAGAAGAAUUUGCUCCAGUUGUUCGGCGUCGAUUUGGACCAGGUCAUCAAAGACGCCACAGCCUUCAAACAGCAAGCCAAUCAAUUGCGCGAUAAAACAAUACGAGAUUUGAACGGACACGUCGAAGAUGAAGUUAAAAAGGCCGAAACUGCUCUCAUCACCCAGGCGAACAAAAACUACGUGACGUCCGUCAAAGACAUGCUGCAGGCCUUUGCUGACAAGGUGCAGAAGGAACUAAAGCCCCUACCCGGCGAGAUUGACACCGACAGGAAGCACGGCUUUAAGGGUUUCAUGCGGACGUGGAA